AUGGCCCAGGAUCACAUCAGCUUUGGCAUCGACCAGAUCCUGAAUAACCCGGAACAGGCUGUGGGUCCCAGGAGCGUGGGGCAGGGGUAUCCGGAGGGCAGCAGCACCCUGUAUAACACGAGUACACCGCCCUGCAGCCUCAGCAUGAACGGGAACAUGCGCCCCAGUGGGGUCAUUAGAGUGCCAGCUCAUCGCCCCCUGCCCCACGGGCACCCCAAUUACCCCAGCCUGGGGGGCAGCAGCAGCCUCUUCCCCUGGAUGGAGGGCAGCAGGAGGGCAGCAAAGGACAGGAUGGCAGCCGCUCUGUCUCCAUUUUCUGUCACCCGCCGGAUCGGACACCCAUAUCAGAACCGCACGCCGCCAAAGCGCAAGAAGCCGCGCACGUCCUUCAGCCGCUUGCAGAUCUGUGAGUUGGAGAAGAGGUUCCACCGGCAGAAAUAUCUGGCGUCAGCGGAGAGAGCGUCGCUGGCCAAGACUCUCCACAUGAGCGACUCUCAGGUCAAAACCUGGUUCCAAAACCGCAGGACCAAGUGGAGGCGGCAGACGGCAGAGGAGAGGGAGUCCGAGCGCCAACAUGCCAACCGCAUGAUGCUGCAGCUCCAGCAGGAGGCUUUCCAGAAGAGCUUGUCUCAAUCCCUGCCCCGGGACCCUCUGUGUGCCCACAAUGCCUCCCUCUGUGCCCUCCAAAACCUGCAGCCCUGGGCAGAGGAAGCCCCCAGCACAUGAUGUCUCCAUCUGAACUGCCUCUGCCUCCUGAGAAGCUGCAGCUCUGGCCCACAGGAGACAACCUCAUCUAUGCGCCCUACGAGGCUAUGGCAGGUGACAUUGUGUCAGCUCCGGGGACAUUGAGCCCGGAGACCCCAAAUUCUGCCUUCUGCAUUCACCGUCAGUCCUUCUUUCUGCUGCUCCUUCCGACACAAGGAAACCACAAAGAUGCCCCCAUGUGUCGCACAACAGAGGAUAGAAAAAAUGUGCAGCCUGUGCGUAGAAGCAGUAUAUGGCGCUGGAGCACGGACAAUGUAAAGAGACAUACAGUCUGGGGACCUAUAGUCUAGAAAAGGGACCUUUAGCAUAGAAAACUGCCUUAUAAA